CCUGAUUUAGCAUCAGUCGACAUCGCCACAGGUUGCCGCUAGCAGCAAUUGAUCACUGCUCAGCAGGCCCAUUAACUCGCUGAUCCUGCUGCUAAGCUGCUUGAUAGCAGUACGUCGAGCGCAUCUCCCCACAUUAACUCCACACAUGGCUCCACCGUCGCAGUGCUUCGACGCCACCAUGCACGGCGCGGCCCACAAUGGCGCCGCCCCGGCGGUGGCUGACGCGAAGCCGCAGUGCCCCACCGUGCUCGACGCCGACGUGUUCCGGCGCCAGGGCCACCAGGUCAUCGACUUCAUCGCCGAGUACUACGGCGGCAUGGGGGACCACCCCGUGCACCCCAGCGUCACGCCCGGCUUCCUCCGCAAUGUGCUCCCCGCGGAGGCGCCGUCCCGCCCGGAGCCCGACGCGUUCGGCUCCGCGCUCAGGGACGUCCGCGACCUCAUCCUCCCGGGCAUGACGCACUGGCAGAGCCCGCGCCACUUCGCGCACUUCCCGGCGUCCAGCAGCACCGUCGGGGCCCUCGGGGAGGCGCUCAUUGCCGGCAUCAACGUGGUGCCCUUCACCUGGGCCGCCUCGCCGGCCGCCACCGAGCUGGAGAUGGUGGUCGUGGACUGGCUCGGCAAGGCGCUGCAUUUGCCCGAGAGCCUCCUGUUCGCCGGUGGCGGCGGGGGCACGCUUCUGGGCACCUCGUGCGAGGCCAUACUCUGCGCCCUCGUCGCCGCCAGGGACAAGAAGCUCGCCGAGAUCGGCGAGAGGAGGAUCGGCGACCUUGUCGUCUACUGCUCCGACCAGACCCAUUUCGCCUUCCGCAAGGCUGCACGGAUCGCCGGGAUCCUGCGUGACCACUGCCGCGCGAUACACACGUGCCGUGAAGACAUGUUCGCGCUCUCGCCCACGGAGCUGCAAGCCGCCAUGCAGGCCGACGUGGACGCCGGGCUGGUGCCGCUGUUCCUGUGCGCGACGGUCGGGACCACCCAGACGACCGCCGUUGACCCCAUCGGUAAACUCUGCACCGUCGCAGCGUCUCACGGCGUCUGGGUCCACGUCGACGCGGCCUACGCUGGCUCGGCGCUGGUCUGCCCGGAGUUCCGGCACGUGAUCGACGGCGUGGAGGCCGUGGACUCGUUCAGCAUGAACGCCCACAAGUGGCUCCUGGCCAACAACGACUGCUGCGCGAUGUGGGUGAAGAGGCCGAGCGAGCUCAUCGCGGCGCUGGGCACGGAGCAGGAGUACAUCCUCAAGGACGCGGCGUCGGAGGGGCACGACGUGGUGGACUACAAGGACUGGACCAUGACGCUGACCCGCCGGUUCCGGGCGCUCAAGAUGUGGCUCGUGCUCCGCUGCUACGGCGUCAACGGCCUGCGCGACCACAUCCGCUCCCACGUGCGCAUGGCCGAGGCGUUCGAGGACAUGGUGCGCGCCGACGAGAGGUUCGAGGUGGUGACGGACAGGCAGUUCGCGCUGGUGUGCUUCCGGCUCCGGUCGCCGGAGAGGUUCGGCGGCGAGAAGACGGCCAACGAGCUCAACCGGGGCCUGCUCGAGGAGGUGAACGCGGUCGGCCCGGGCCCAUACAUGAGCUCCGCGAACGUAGGCGGCGUCUACAUGCUCAGGUGCGCCGUCGGGAGCACGCUCACGGAGGAGUACCACGUCGCUGACGCAUGGAAGGUGGUGCAGGAUCGGGCCUCGGUAAUCCUCCGGAAAAUGGAAAUUAUCUACAGCGUGCUUGGUUAAUGUUUGGGCGAGGUGAAUCUCUAUGUAAAAUCUACUUGCAAACAAACUUGAUCCUAAUUAAUUCUCGACCUCAAUUUGGUCGGAACCACGAUGAUUUGUAUUUUAUAUUAUAUAUAAAGCAAUUUAUUGAUGACGUGUACUGCUUAUUUCACUCACUCUGUUUGCAGUUUUCUCUUCUUUUUUUUGUAGUUUUGUCCGUUGAGUUCUCAAAACAUACGCCCGUUUCAGCAGCUACAUAGUGGAAACUUAAUUAUAUGUUUUGCGUGGGCAGUUUCAAAAAAUUAUGAAAUUACAGUUGACAACAUUCGUGGUAUGAUUUUUCACACGAUGCACUCUUUUUGCUCAAUCCUCGUCGCUGGUGAUGGAUUCAAGCGAGUAAUUGCUGGAUAAUUGGCGAACCGAGGACAACUCAGAUGGUAUGAUUUUUUGUGCUGAAACGAACCCAUUAGGUUCAAGUCUAGACUGGGCAUCGGUGAUCGCAUUUUCUGAAUUUAUUUUAUAUUUUCCUGCAAUGUUCGUUCAGUGAAAAAGAUACUCUUCUAGACUAUGAGGUGUCAAUUUCGUCAAUCUAGACGAUGAUGUAGCAUGCUCGACCAACAUAUGCGUGCAUAUCGAUCUCCUGAAGGGAAAAUCCUUCAAACACAGCUCCUUUAUUAGCACAACAGACCGAAACCAUAUUUGUUAUCACUAUCAUUAGUAGUCGACCGGUAGCAACAGCACAUCCACGUACGGGUUUGGAUGAUAGGGGCACGGCCGGCCAACAGGAAACCACUUGGUAGUUCGCAGAUCCUCUGACCUACAUACUCCUAGAUGGGUAUAAUAAAGCAUAUCCUCUGACCUAUAUUAGACCACGUGGUAGUUUGCAGAUCCCCAUCGCAAGCGGGCAGGCGUUUACUUUGGCGGAUCCGUGGAUGCCGAUGGGAUUUUAUCGAGCAUUUUCCUUCACAUCUUAGUAUUAUUGAUAUAGGAUGCCUCGUUGCCAGAAAUUCAUCUAUAUCUAUACUACUAUUAAAAGAGCAAACAUGAAUUCCCCUAAAACCACACCACAAAAUGUACACAGAAGUACCAGAGACGUUUGAUCGAUCCCACUAAUUUACAUCCAACGUUCUACAUUACAUCAAGCAUCUACCACACAAAUCAACGAUCUGGAUUAAAUGUUCUGCGAGGGCAGACUACCCUGCCCACGUCCUGCAGCCCCCCUCACGCAAACAAGCUGCCACACAACAAGCCGCUAAACGCAUCUGAGCCCCCAUUCAUCACGUUCACCUCACCUGCCCGGACUGCGCCCCCGCCUCCCUCCCCACCGCCGUGCUCCCUUUGCCUUCGGGUCGCUCCCCUCUGUGGUUGUACGACGCCCGCCGCCCGCGCAACCUCCCUUCACCCCGCUCGACGUCGUCCUGCCCGUCCGCCUCUCCUAUGGCGCACGGCACCUGCCGCCUGACCCGCCCUUCCACCAUCUCCUGUGUCGCCGGCAGAACCUCACUUCGCGCUGCUCGCCAUCGGAUUGGCCCGCCCGUGCGCCUCUCCUACGACGCCGGCCUCCAGCUCCGCCCUCCUCCAUCUCCUAUGGUGCACGACGCCCGCCGCCGGCCCCACCCUUUGGCAUCUCCUAUGGCGCGCGGCGUCCGUCCGUCGGCCUCUCUUGUGGCUAACGGCUGUUGCUGCUCGAUGUCUCGAACAACGCUACAGAGUGGCCCUGCCACGGCUUCAUCAUAUACCUCAUCGGUCUUUGCAUUUUCAAUGAUCCAUCCCUUGAGCCAUAUGAUCUGUCAGAUGAUGACACUAAUUUACAGAAGAAUUUCACACAUCUAAGUGAUCUUGCAGCUGCACUGCGAAAACAUGACCAUCGUGAUGGUGUUGAAAGCGCUCUUAGUUCUGCUGAAAAGCUUGUGAGAGCAUCACCUGAUGAGCUGUGCCACUGCUCGGGUGAUCUUGUUCAAGCAGGUGUACAUGUUCCUUGUUUUCGUGUCAAGGUGGAAGGCGAGGAAGAUUCUCCUGAAGAAAACCGACAGAAGGCAUUAGUCGCCUUGCUGAUGAAUAACCAACCAGGCACAGAUCCAUUUCAGUCUUGAGCAUGCCCCAUUUACGGACCUAACGAGCACUGGUAAUAAUCAACAUCGUCCCGGGAAAAACGAAAUCUGACAUUUUAUUCUGAAUUUAUCUAACAGUAUGGGAAUACGGUAAAUGAUAACAGUCAGAAAUCUGACAUUAUGAAAAAAACUAGACCAUUAGGGAGAAAAGCCCCUGCUGUUUUCUAAUAAAGAAGGAGAUGUCAGACCCGUGUAAGAACCGAGGUGAGGAACCCGCGCCGUCUAGGAGGCAGCACUGCACUCUGACCAUUGAGCUGAGAGCUCAUCUACCGAAAAAUCUGACAUUAAACCGGUAGGUCCCGACCUCAAUUGCCGGGUGUGCUCUAUUAAAGCUUGGGAUUUACCCUGCUAAUGUGCCAACUUUGGUUUUAGUUCAGGAAGAAGAAGGUUGUGCACAAGAUGGCGUUGAGUGUAACUGGCUUGAGGCUUUUCUGAAUUCCUUGGUUCUUUCUACCAAAAGUACUUGUAUUAGGACGUUUUCUACACAUUUGGGAUAGAUUAUCAAGAAAAUUUGUCUAAAGUUUGAUCAAAUUCAUUUAGAUUCAGUUUAAUUAUAGGGCUGUUCAUUUUUUACAUUGAUUUUAUCAUGUUAUAAACCUGUCAUACCAUAUAGUUCUUGAAACUGCAUAUGUUUUCCUACUGCAGGUGCCACUUGUUGUCACUAUUGCAAAGAGACGGUGCAUGUAUGCAUAUUUUAACUCUCAUGAGUACUUGUAGAAGGAGAAUUGUACAAUGCUGAAAGAUGUUAUUUGCAUAUGCAAAGUGGGAUCAUAUCUUUUGAAUGAUUCCGUUAGAAUCAGGUCACUCCUUGACUAACUCGAACUUGAAUCAUUUGCUUUUUUUUAUCAUGGUUGGAGAUGUGGUGUAGCAUGAGCAGAAGCUAAUGGACGUGUCAGCAAGCCUCGAGGGAGAUGCCCCCUGCAACAUGAAGAACACCAUCUGGACAAAGGGAGGUACACAGAUGGCCAAGGACGAAAGGAGGCGUGCAGGUCUGCGUUUCACAGUUAUCUCUUUCAGCACCAGCGAUUAAAUGGUAUGUAGCCGGUCAGGCGUGCUUGCCUGAAAUGUGCUUUGUUAGUUCUAGAGCCAUGCUAGCUUUGUAUGUUGUUCUUGCAGCCUCAACGAGCUAAUUCUAUUUAAAGCUAAUGUUGUUCAAUCCUUCUAA